AAGAUCUUAACAGCUGGACUCUGCCCUCUUGGCUUUCCCCUGCCUCUAUAAGAAAAUCCAACGAAGUUUCAUAACCAGAGACGCGUCUCUCUUUUUCUUUGCACCCUUUAUUACCUCCCUCUCUUUGUCCUUCCUCCUUCGUCGUCCUUACCCACCACCAAAUUUUGUUCGUUUGUUUCUCUCCCGAUUUCGCGAAAUUGGGGUUCCGUUUUGAUUCCUCAGAGAACAGAGAAAUGGCGGAAGGGCUGAUUGAGCACAGAUCGUAUGCGCGUGUUGGCCUACUGGGUAAUCCAAGUGACGUCUAUUUCGGGAGGACCAUCUCUUUCAGCCUAUCCAAUUUCUGGGCCACCGUCGUUCUUCGGCCUUCCGACGAACUCGUCAUCACUCCCCACCCCAAGCAUGAUCUCGUCAAUUUCUCCUCCCUUGAUCACCUGGUGAAUCGGCUGCAGAGUGAAGGUUAUUAUGGAGGAGUUAGGUUGCUAAUGGCGAUCUGUAAAGUUUUCUACAAUUACUGCAGGGAGCAUAAGAUCUCCCUUCAUCAGCGCAAGUUUGCUCUUUCUUAUGACACCAACAUUCCUCGUCAGGCAGGACUAUCUGGAUCAAGUGCUAUAGUAUCUGCAGCACUGAACUGCCUGCUGGACUUCUACAAAGUCAGGGACCAGAUCAAGGUUGAAAUCAGGCCGAAUCUCGUGUUAAGCGCCGAGAAAGAGCUGGGGAUCGUGGCUGGCCUUCAAGAUCGAGUGGCCCAGAUCUAUGGCGGCCUCGUUUACAUGGAAUUUUCACAGGAGCACAUGGAUAAGUUGGGACAUGGGAUCUAUACCCCCAUGGAUAUUAACCUCCUCCCACCUCUUCACCUUGUAUAUGCCGAGAACCCGAGUGAUUCUGGGAAGGUUAGUCUAGAAAUGGUUGCUCCUUCUUUGAUGUGUAGAUUGCAGUUACUCAAUUGUUGCCUAAGGUUGCUAGGAAAAUGACGGCUAACCUUUUGAUAGAUGAAUAGAAGGGUAAGGUUUUCAAUUUAUAGACGAAUUCUUCAAUGCAGGUGCAUAGCACGGUUAAGCAAAGGUGGCUUGAUGGAGACAAGUUCAUAAUAACAACAAUGGCCGAAGUUGCAGAUCUUGCAUUACAUGGAAAAACUGCUAUUCUGGAGAAGAACUACUCGAAACUUGCAGAGCUCAUGAAUCGUAACUUCGAUCUUCGAAGGAGCAUGUUUGGCGAUGAUGUGAUUGGUGAUUUAAACAUAAAAAUGGUGGAAGCAGCGCGGAAGGUGGGAGCUGCCUCCAAAUUUACAGGCAGCGGAGGUGCUGUGAUUGUGUUUUGCCCAAACGGCCAAUCGCAGGUUAAGCUCCUGGAGGAAGAAUGUCAGAAAGCUGGAUUCAUCGUUGAGCCUGUGAAAAUUGCUCAGUCCAAUCUUUCACGAGGGUGAUCGCAAGCUUGCUUCAUGAAUUAGCAGAAAUCUCAGAGCAGCAGCUAAAAGAAGCAUUGUAGUUAGUUCUCUCUGGAUAUGAUAAUCCAUCUGUUUGUUCCAAAUUAUAGCUUUAUCAUUCGAGAUUAAGUAGAAAAGUUGUUGCUGUGGAUGCACACAUGAUAUGUAAGUGUAACGCAAGCCCCACUAGCACCAAAAUUCUUUUGUCAAGACAUUAAGAAAGAAGAGAGACUCCUUUUUCUGCCAAUUGCCUCAUUGUAAAGCAGACUACUUCUUUUAUAAAUAAAGUACACUCUACUUUAGAUCCACAUAUUCUGCGGAAAUAAAAGUUACACUUUUAUCCAAUUUCGCUUACUCUGAGUUCACCAACAGAUUUUACAAAUGGAGUUAGCUAUGAGCCUAUGACUCAAACACUAAUAACUGUAUAUCGUUCAAGCACGAUAUCUCCAUCUCUAUUCUUUCCACCACAUUACAUUCACUCACAGAUGUUCUGAGUUCUAACAUUCAAAGCAAAUGAAAAGAGAUACUUACAAGAUCAACAAGGAUGACAACUGAUAUCUACCAAAAGCUGCCUCUAACUUCACUAUCUAUACCUAAACAUCAGUAAUUUACUAAUGCAGAGGCAAACUAACUACCACACUCUUUUCUCAAGUAGCUUCAGUGGAACUUACUCAUCAGUCAUCACAGAGUGAAGCCAUUAGCUCUCGAGGUGAAGACCAAACUGGCAGCUCUAAGAAGGAUUCCACAAAACGUUCCCGACGAGCAUCACAAGCUGCUUCUGCUUGGUCACAUAGGUUUGAGAAACUCAAGAUCAGUCUCUCUUCUGCAUCUGCCUUAGCCAGGAGUUCAUCCACGAGGGAGGCACAAGAGUCUUCCAUGCCUUCCACCGCCGGCGACCCCAAAUUCGUCCCUUCCAAUUGCUGUUCUUUCCGAGAUUCCGUCUCUUGUCUAACCCUCUCCUCCAUUGCCCGCAAGCUGUUCGACAAACGCUCCCACCGAUCAAUCUCUUCCUGGUACCGGCCCUUCAAUUUCAGAAGCACCUUCUGCUUGCGGGAUCUCCUGCGUUUCUCUUCGGCUUCCGGAUCCACCUGCGGCGGCUCCGGCACCGAGAUUUCGUCCAGCCGCGGGCGCUUCAGGAUCUUGUAAGUGAAGCCAUCGUCGUCAUGCCGGAGCUCCCACUCGCCGCCUUCCACGUCAGAUCCCCAAGCCGAAGGCGCUGCCGCCGAAUCCAUGCUUUCGAGCGGGAAAAUUUUGGAUAUUUUCGUUCCCUUUCCUAAAUUUCAGAUGGAAGAAUU